AUUAGAAGUUGUAGAAGAACUCAUAAACCAAGGUGGUCAACUGCACUCGUGUGGUUCUGGUUCAUAAGGGCUGCACCCUUCAAUGUACAAAAUACACAGCCAGGGGCUGCAAGUUUUAAGAAACUUCGGGGACUUCAGCAUCUGCAGUGUAUAUACUAGUAACUAACAGAUAGUAGUAUGUACACGCAUUUUGGGAUUUAGGACCGUUUGCCAAUGCCUAUGGUGAAUGCCCUUUUAAAGUCCACCGAGGCUCCUUAGAAGUACAUUUUCAACAGGAUUAGAUUUAAAAAAUGACACUGGUGCUAUUUUUGUUCUGUGUCAGCAUUUUAUUUGGACCAUCUUUCGGGACAGGGUUUCUUUAUCAGUACCCAGCAGCAGCUUUGCAGCAGCACCAGCAGCAUAGCAACGCAGAGCAGAAUGCCGGAGCCCCUGCUGCAGCCUUCACACACCGACGGAACUGGUGCCCGCACACUGUCACAAAGACAGUAUCUUGUCAAGUACAGGACGGGUCUGAGACACUUAUUCAGAGAGUUUACCAGAGUUGCAGAUGGCCUGGUGCUUGCAGCAACUUAAUAAGUUACAGGACUCUUCUUAAGCCCAUAUACAAGGUGGCAUAUCGUACGGUGACAGCUCUGGAAUGGAGAUGUUGUCCAGGAUUCAUGGGAAACAGCUGUGAUGAAGCAUGCAUGAACUGUACCAAAAUUUUUGAACUGAAUGAAAAACUGAAUAUCUUACAGAACAAGAUUUUACUACUUGAAGCUGCUGAGAGACCUCUGCCCCCUGAGAGUGACAAUGAGUUACCAGGACUAGCUGCAAAGCCCACUCCAAAUGAAGUCACACCCUCGAGCCCACUACCCGGAGGAAAACCUGGCAUACUGCUGAGGGGGCCACCAGGACCAAAGGGUGAGCGGGGAGCAGAUGGCCAGCCAGGUCAAAAAGGAUCAUCAGGUCCUCCAGGUCAAGCUGGACCACCAGGAAAGCCAGGCCUCUCUGGACCACCAGGAAAGAAUGGUGAGAGAGGGUCCAGUGGGUAUCCAGGUCCUAAAGGAGAACAAGGAAUCCAAGGACUGCAAGGCUUCAAAGGAGAGAGAGGACUUCCUGGGCCACCCGGACCACCUGGACCACCAGGUUUGCCGGACCUAUCAAAUCCUAUUCCUCAGCAAGGUAUACUGUAUACAUUGCAGUCUGCAACAGAUGGUGAAAAUGGAGAACCUCCUCUAGCAUCCGUGCUUACUGAUACCAUAUUAGCAGGCCUUCCAGGACCCCGUGGAUCAGCAGGUGCCAUGGGACCUCCAGGACCACCUGGACCUACAGGACCUUCUGGCCCUCCUGGACCCACUGGACUGCCCGGAGUAGAUGGUGUACCUGGCAUUCCAGGGCAUGCUGGCGCAAAAGGGGACAUGGGAGAACAAGGACAGCCAGGUAUGAAAGGAGAGCUGGGCCUUCCAGGACUGCCUGGUGAACCAGGACAGAAGGGAGAGCAAGGAGAAAAGGGGGCUGAGGGAGAAGGUGUGCAGCAAUUGCGAGAAGCCCUGAAGAUAUUAGCUGAGCGGGUUUUAAUUCUGGAACAUAUGAUAGGAAUACAUGAUCCAUCCCCUUCAACAGAGCCCGGCUCAGGACUGGAGAUAUUUUCAGAUCGAUUUACAUCAUUAAAGGUUAAACGUGGAGGACAGGAAGUGCAACAUCAGAAUUCACAUUACCAGAUCAUAGCUUCACUGCUGGCUAACAGUGAACGUUCCAGAAAAUAACUGUAACUCUGAUAGCAAUUCAGGAGCUGAAAAAAAAUUUAGGCAGUUGCUCCCAUAAUGCUGUAGCAUUCUGUUGGCAAUUUAAGAAAGAUUAAUUUUUAAACUGUUCAUCAUAUUUUUUAACUUUGUUUUAUAUGUGUCAUUUACUUGAAACAAAGUGAGUACUUCAUUAGCACAAACUAUUCUUUAUACUUUGUUAAAAAUAUUGAAUAAAUUAUGGUAAGCCUAGAUGGUAUUUUCCAAACAUAGCAUCUUAUAAGAGAUAAUUUGAACUGUAUCUGUGGUUUUGAGAAGAGAAAACAGUUAUCUUCACACACCCAAGUUGCACUGAUGAAUGAGAUAACACUAAAUUGACCCACCAUAUAUAUGUUUAAAAAUAUGAUUUAACUUUUUUCUUUUUUUUUAUGAAAUAAGUUUUAGACAAUAUUUUAAGCUAAAAAAUGUCAUCUCCUGUUCCUGUAAUAAGUGUAUGGAGAUGGUAAAGAUAAAAAUAAAAUAUUAUUUAAAUGAGAAUGAAGGUGUUAGACAUUGUUGAUCAACUCAUAUCACCUCCACUCGUUAGUCAUUUUUCUUAGAAAUGUAUGACUUGAAAGGGUGAAUAGUACAGUGGUAAAUGGACAUCUGCAAUGGCUAUAUCCAAAUAGCAUUAAAGCAUGUAAGCCAGACCACCUUAAGCUGUGACAGAGUUGCACUUAAAAGUGUAAAGAAACUUGGUAUGGACUAGUCCCAUGCUUUUGUUUCUAGUAAAUUACGUAGCUGAUAUACAUUUAUAGUUAUUAAGGAAAUAAUAAUGAUGAUGACAUUUUGUCACAUGGCAGUUAGCACAGAGCUCUGAGCUGUUAAUGAGCUGCUACUUGUGGUGCAGAGUUUGAUUCCCUCGGCCUGCAUUUGUCUGUGUAUGACCUGUACCAAGUCAUUAAACGAUACAGUGCUUUGAGACAGCUGAUAAUUUAGGCUAGGCUUCUUAAUGGCCUAAUGGACUGCAUGCCUAGUAACUACCUAUGAACCUGUCAUAGCUGUGAAGGAACGUGUAUGGCUACCCACAUUUCAGUAAUGUGAAAUUUUACAUUUUCUAAAUUAUACAAUAGCCACUCAUGCAAUGAAGAGAACAAUUUGUAAUUAUUUCCAUUUAAAUUCACAAUAUUUAUAUUUUGAAUAGUGCUUAGAGAUGCAUACUAUGAUGUUUUUUUUUUUUGUUUGUUAGUUUUUUUUUUUUACUUGAUGUGGGUCCAAGAGGAAAACAUAUCUUCAUAAGCAAGUGCAUGUUCUGUGCAUUAAUUUUUGAACAACCUUCAUAACCGGUAUAAUGAACUGUGUCAAUUUCAGUUAAGUUCAUUAUUUUAUUGUUUUUAAAAUAAAUUUAAAUGUGUUCUAAUACUUAA